CUGCGGCGCGCGCUGGGCCCGGGGCUGGAGCACUGAGGGCUGCCCUGCUGGGGGAGGGACCUGCCUAGAGCCACAGCGGCCCCUGCCCCUGCUCGGUGUUCGGCCCUUGCCCUGCCGCCCAGCACUCGUUAGGUGAGGCAUUAGCGUUGGCUUCUUAAUGUCAGAUUAGGUGUUUAGUGCUUUGCCAAGUAAAUCACCAGCAGACUAGAUUAAGGAAAAUGCCAUAUGAACUUCUAUGCCACUGCAUAGACUUCUACCCAAAAAUACACUUUUUUGUUCUGAUCUCAAUCCUGAAAUUCCCAGCAUAACACCAGUGAUCCAUGUGUAUUAUACUGUACACGCACACGCUACAUGCAAUUGCAGUGUCUGCCUUUCAAAAUGUAAUUGAUCUGUAUCAACGCUUCAAAUGGACAUGACAUUUGCUUUGCCAUUGUGCUUGUACACACCUACUGACCUCACUAAAACAUCUCAGGUUAAUACAGCAACAAGUAGCUUGAAGGUCUGUUUAUGGGUGGGAAAAAAUACAGUUGUUACUAAUUCAGUACCCAGAUACUAGAGAGAGUUGCUAUGGAGAUAUAUAUAGCUCAUCAUAUUAUUUUGAUUAAAUGCAUGAGCAAAAUGUAUCUAUUAUACCGAUGGUGCAUAGGUCCAACAUUACUGAAUUUUAAUAUGAGCUCAGAAUCAUGGAAUGUAACAUAUAACAGAUGACAGAAUAUGAUCGAUUAACACAAUUAUUUUCGAAGGAUUGUAGGUCUAAACUGUGACCUUUCCUAAUUUGUUGGUAUGGUGUCUCCAACACAGAAUGUGUUAUUCAUCCUCUGCUGUGCCAUGCUCGUCACUAGGAGCUGAGAGCCAGUCACUCGGGAAAAAUAAUUGGGCAUCAUUGUACUGUUGUGAGCAAAUAUUUUAAAUUUUACAAAGUAAGAGUGCAAAAAAGCAUACCAUAUUAGCAUGCAUAAGGAAUAAGAGAACAAUAAUGAAAAUGUGAUAAAGUAAUUAUGUACGUUAACAUCAUAUCCUAAUUUUGAAUAUUGUGUUCAGUUCAGGUUGCCCACCUUAAAAAGAGGAUACUAGAGAAAUAGAAGGCAUUGAGAGACAAGCGGGAAAAAUGAAUACAAGCAAGAAAGGUUUCCCAGCCAUGGAUUUCCCACAGCACAGCAAGCAGGUCCUGGAGCAGCUGAACCAGCAGAGGCAGCUGGGCUUGCUGUGUGACUGCACCUUCGUGGUGGACGGCAUCGACUUCAAGGCUCACAAGGCGGUGCUGGCAGCCUGCAGCGAGUACUUCAGGAUGCUCUUUGUGGAUCAGAAGGAUGUGGUGCAUCUUGACAUCAGCAAUGCAGCAGGCCUUGGUCAGGUACUGGAGUUCAUGUACACUGCCAAGCUCAGCCUGAGCCCAGAGAAUGUGGAAGAUGUGUUAGCAGUUGCUGGUUUCCUCCAGAUGCAGGAAAUUGUCAGCGCUUGCAAUGCUUUGAAGUCACUCACGGUGUCAGCUGAACCCAGUUCGGAAAUCCACAAGGUCCCUGCCGUGACAGGGGAUGCGAAAGCACCUGGAGCAGCAGAAAUGCUCGGUGAGCUCACCAGAGCUGAGCAGGUCCCAUCUGAGAGACGCGAGGUGACGAUGCCAGAGGCUGCAGCAGAGCCCAAGGAGACCGCGCCUGAGGAGGAGGAAGGCAGCAAGGAGACCACCCCCAGAGCAGGUGCGGGCGACACUGUACAAGACAACGGUCCCUCUGAGGUGCCCGGUAGCCAGCAGCAGCCAGAGGACACGGGGCCCAGCAGAGCCAGCCCAGCUGCAAAGUGUGGCUCCUCCCAGAGCUCAGAGCAAGAAAUGGAGGUGGAGCUGGAAGGGAAGGAGGAAGAGGAGGAAACAACAGCAGAGGAGGAGGAGGAGGAGGAAGCCAAAGAUCUAAAAGAAGAGCAUUCCCGGUUGGAAAAUGGAGACAACCCUGAGGACAAUGAAUCAGGAGGCACAGACUCUGGGCAGGAGAACUCUGGGGAAGCAAGGCUGCUGCGAUCAGGCACCUACAGCGACAGGACAGAGUCAAAAGCCUAUGGCUCGGUGACUCACAAGUGUGAGGACUGCGGAAAGGAAUUCACACACACUGGUAACUUCAAGCGGCACAUCCGGAUCCACACUGGAGAAAAGCCUUUUUCCUGUAGGGAGUGCAACAAAGCCUUUUCUGACCCAGCAGCCUGCAAAGCCCACGAGAAGACGCACAGCCCCCUGAAGCCCUAUGGCUGUGAAGAGUGCAAGUACCGGUGUGACGACUGCGGCAAACUCUUCACGACCUCGGGCAACCUCAAGCGACACCAACUGGUGCACAGCGGCGAGAAGCCCUACCAGUGUGACUACUGCGGGCGCUCCUUCUCGGACCCCACCUCCAAGAUGCGCCACCUGGAGACCCACGACACGGACAAGGAGCACAAGUGUCCUCACUGCGACAAGAAAUUCAACCAGGUGGGGAACUUGAAGGCGCACUUGAAGAUUCACAUCGCGGACGGGCCACUGAAGUGCCGGGAAUGUGGCAAGCAGUUCACCACGUCAGGGAACUUGAAGAGGCAUCUGCGGAUCCACAGUGGCGAGAAGCCCUACGUGUGUGUGCAUUGCCAGAGGCAGUUCGCCGACCCUGGGGCCCUGCAGCGGCACAUCCGCAUUCACACAGGCGAGAAGCCCUGCCAGUGCCUGAUCUGUGGCAAGGCCUUCACACAGGCCAGCUCCCUCAUUGCCCACGUGCGCCAGCACACCGGAGAGAAGCCCUACGUGUGUGAGCGCUGCGGCAAGAGGUUCGUCCAGUCCAGUCAGCUGGCCAACCACAUCCGUCACCAUGACAACAUCCGACCGCACAAGUGCAAUGUCUGCAGCAAGGCCUUUGUGAACGUGGGCGACCUCUCCAAGCACAUCAUCAUCCACACGGGAGAAAAGCCGUUCCUCUGCGACAAGUGCGGCCGGGGCUUUAACCGUGUGGACAACCUGCGCUCCCACGUGAAAACCGUGCACCAGGGCAAGGCCGGCAUCAAGAUCCUGGAGCCGGAGGAGGGCGACGAGGUCAACAUAGUCACUGUUGCCUCGGACGAUAUGGUCACCUUGGCCACGGAGGCACUGGCGGCCACGGCAGUCACACAGUUGACAGUGGUGCCCGUGGCAGCCGCCGUGACGGCAGACGAGACGGAAGCUCUGAAGGCGGAGAUCACCAAGGCUGUGAAGCAAGUGCAGGAAGCAGACCCCAACACCCAGAUCCUCUACGCCUGUGACUCGUGUGGGGAGAAGUUCCUGGAUGCCAACAGCCUGGCCCAACAUGUGCGGAUCCACACGGCACAGGCCCUGGUGAUGUUCCAGGCCGACACAGACUUUUACCAGCAGUACGGAGCCGCCACCACGUGGCAGGCCGAGCAGCGCAUCGAAAACGAGCCCUGCUGGCCCGACAGCGCCCGCCCGCAGCGCAUCGAAAACGAGCCCUGCUGGCCCGACAGCGCCCGCCCGCAGCGCAUCGAAAACGAGCCCUGCUGGCCCGACAGCGCCCGCCCGCAGCGCAUCGAAAACGAGCCCUGCUGGCCCGACAGCGCCCGCCCGCAGCGCAUCGAAAACGAGCCCUGCUGGCCCGACAGCGCCCGCCCGCAGCGCAUCGAAAACGAGCCCUGCUGGCCCGACAGCGCCCGCCCGCAGCGCAUCGAAAACGAGCCCUGCUGGCCCGACAGCGCCCGCCCGCAGCGCAUCGAAAACGAGCCCUGCUGGCCCGACAGCGCCCGCCCGCAGCGCAUCGAAAACGAGCCCUGCUGGCCCGACAGCGCCCGCCCGCAGCGCAUCGAAAACGAGCCCUGCUGGCCCGACAGCGCCCGCCCGCAGCGCAUCGAAAACGAGCCCUGCUGGCCCGACAGCGCCCGCCCGCAGCGCAUCGAAAACGAGCCCUGCUGGCCCGACAGCGCCCGCCCGCAGCGCAUCGAAAACGAGCCCUGCUGGCCCGACAGCGCCCGCCCGCAGCGCAUCGAAAACGAGCCCUGCUGGCCCGACAGCGCCCGCCCGCAGCGCAUCGAAAACGAGCCCUGCUGGCCCGACAGCGCCCGCCCGCAGCGCAUCGAAAACGAGCCCUGCUGGCCCGACAGCGCCCGCCCGCAGCGCAUCGAAAACGAGCCCUGCUGGCCCGACAGCGCCCGCCCGCAGCGCAUCGAAAACGAGCCCUGCUGGCCCGACAGCGCCCGCCCGCAGCGCAUCGAAAACGAGCCCUGCUGGCCCGACAGCGCCCGCCCGCAGCGCAUCGAAAACGAGCCCUGCUGGCCCGACAGCGCCCGCCCGCAGCGCAUCGAAAACGAGCCCUGCUGGCCCGACAGCGCCCGCCCGCAGCGCAUCGAAAACGAGCCCUGCUGGCCCGACAGCGCCCGCCCGCAGCGCAUCGAAAACGAGCCCUGCUGGCCCGACAGCGCCCGCCCGCAGCGCAUCGAAAACGAGCCCUGCUGGCCCGACAGCGCCCGCCCGCAGCGCAUCGAAAACGAGCCCUGCUGGCCCGACAGCGCCCGCCCGCAGCGCAUCGAAAACGAGCCCUGCUGGCCCGACAGCGCCCGCCCGCAGCGCAUCGAAAACGAGCCCUGCUGGCCCGACAGCGCCCGCCCGCAGCGCAUCGAAAACGAGCCCUGCUGGCCCGACAGCGCCCGCCCGCAGCGCAUCGAAAACGAGCCCUGCUGGCCCGACAGCGCCCGCCCGCAGCGCAUCGAAAACGAGCCCUGCAUGCCCCAACGCUCACGCUACACGGACGCUCGCUCGCAUGCAAGGCCACCCGGAACCACGUCAGCCAGGGUGGUAGCUGUCCGGGCUGGGGCCAACAGCACUUGGAACCUGUUUCUCUGCUGCCUGCUUUCCAACCUCUUUAGGGGCCAGCAACGCUCUGGCAGGGCCUGUGCUCAUUACCCAGCAUUCGGACCCCACAGCAUUCUUCAUGACAUGGCCCCAGAACGGCCCCUGAGCACGCGCUGGCCCCACAUGGCCAUGCUGCCUUCAUGGCCCCACAUGAGCUUGACACCAAGCUCAGCCUGUGCCUGUGUGCGGGAGCACGACCUUUGCACCCGCACCCCCACAGCGGGCCUUGGAAAAGUCAGUGACCAAUAA